CGGGGACCAUGGCGCUGCCCGGGGCGGCGGCCGGCGGCGGGCGUCCGCUGCGGUGGCCUCGCGUGCUGCUCUUCGGUGACUCCAUCACCCAGUUCUCCUUCCAGCCGGGCGGAUGGGGCGCGGCCCUGGCCGACAGACUGGUCAGGAGGUGCGACGUGGUGAACCGCGGGCUCUCGGGGUACAACAGCAGGUGGGCCGCCCUCGUCCUGCCCCGGCUGCUGGGGGACGGCGCCUGCGCGCCCGCGGCCGCCACCAUCUUCUUCGGCGCCAAUGACAGCGCGCUGCCAGAGGAGAACCCCAAGCAGCACGUGCCGCUGGCCGAGUACGCCGCCAACCUGGCGGCCAUGGUGCGCGCCCUGCAGGCGGCCGGCGUGCCCGCCGCGCGCGUGGUGCUGGUGACGCCGCCCCCGCUGUGGGAGCCCGCGUGGGAGGCCGAGUGCGCCGCCCAGGGGCACAGGCUAAACCGCCGCAACUCCACGGUGGGCGAGUACGCCCGCGCCUGCGUGCGCGUGGCCCGCGCCUGCGGCACCGACGUCCUGGACCUGUGGACGCUGAUGCAGAAGGACGGCGAGGACUUCGCCACCUACUUGUCGGAUGGACUACACCUGUCACCCAAGGGGAACGCGUUUCUGUUCUCACACCUGUGGCCUCUGAUAGAGAAGAAGGUGUCUGCUCUGCCCUUGCUGCUGCCCUACUGGAAGGAAGUGGAAGAGACAAGGCCUGAGCUGAGUCUGCUGGGAGACGGGGACCACCAGUGAACCCCAAGGAGCCACACCGGGUGGGCCUGCCUGGCAGGCCAGUUCUACAACUGAAAGCAGUAAUGCAGAUUCCCAGGAGGCUGAGCGGGCGCUCGCUCGCGGCCUGGACCAAUGCCACUGACAUUACCCCCCAACCCUAAUAAAAGCCUUCAGGUUUUUUUCAUUUCA